UCCUUGAUUCACCAUUGCUGCCCUCCCCAUUCUCUGACUAUCUCUGAACUCACACUCCCCGCAACCUGGCCACUCUCCACCAUGACGAUACCCACCCUCAAACCGCGAAUCCUCAUCCCAGAAAAGGUCUCGCCGGACGGCCUUGCUCUGCUCAAAGAUCGCUUCCAUGUCGACGAGAAGAAGGGUUUAUCUGCCGAAGAGCUCAAGACAAUCAUUGGCGACUACGAAGCCUUGAUCGUUCGUUCUGAAACCAAAGUCACCGCGGACCUGCUCCAGGCUGCGAAGAAACUCAAGGUCGUUGCGCGGGCCGGCGUGGGUGUCGACAAUGUAGACGUCAAAGUCGCGACCAGUUUGGGCAUUAUUGUUGUGAACAGCCCUAUCGGCAACAUCAAUGCCGCAGCUGAGCACACUGUGGCACUCCUCAUGUCUGUUGCGCGAAAUAUUGGCGAGGCCAACUCGAGUAUUAAAGCCGGGAAAUGGGAACGUAGCCGUCUCGUAGGUGUCGAGGCAAAGGGCAAAACGCUAGCUAUCGUGGGCUUGGGAAAAGUCGGGCUUACUGUAGCUCGCAUUGCAAAUGGCUUCGGUAUGCGUCUUUUAGCAUACGACCCUUACGCUUCCGAGUCUCUCGCAGCUGCUGCAUCUGUCGCACUUCUUCCCACUCUAGCCGAACUUCUUCAAGAAGCAGACUUCCUUACCUUGCACACGCCUCUUAUUGCUUCUACCAAGGGCAUGAUUGGUAAAGCCGAACUUGCGACAAUGAAACCCACCGCUCGCAUCUUGAACGUGGCAAGAGGCGGCAUGAUUGACGAGGAUGCCCUCCUCGCGGCCCUGGAUGACGGAACCAUCGCAGGCGCUGGAAUCGAUGUGUGGACAUCCGAGCCACCGGAAGCAGAAUCCAGCGCAACACGCCUGAUCGCGCACCCCAAAGUCGUAGCCACUCCUCAUCUCGGCGCCUCAACCAAAGAAGCUCAAGAAAACGUCUCGAUAGAUGUAUGCGAACAGGUUGUUUCCAUCCUCAGCGGCGAGCUCCCCCGCUCCGCCGUCAACGCGCCCAUCAUCCUUCCCGAGGAGUAUCGCACCUUGCAACCUUUCGUGUCACUUGUUGAGAAGAUGGGCUCCCUCUACACGCAACACUAUUCGAAUCGGGUCAAUGCACAGUCGUUUCGUACCACCUUCGACAUCACAUACGAAGGGGCGCUGACUAACUUGCACACCACCAAACCUCUCUUCGCCGGCCUUGUCAAGGGUCUUCUGUCCCCCAUCACGUCCUCGGACGGGCUCAACAUCAAUCUAGUCAACGCUGAGCUUGUCGCCAAGCAUCGCGGCAUUCUCAUCAACGAGCACCGCAGUCGUGAAAAUGUAGAAGACAAACCCUACUCGUCCUUCAUCACGUUGCGCGCACGCGCCUCACGAUCCACCUCGCACGCUCGCUCGGAUAAGAACAUCUCUCGCUCGACUUCCCCAUCUGCAGCGCGUACCCUCCUUUCGCCAACCACAUCUUUAACUGGUGUCGAUGGAAGCACCCCGAUCGGGAAGAACGAUGCAGAAGAUCAGGUCAUCCAGGGUUUCGUAUCCGGGACACAGCCCUUCAUCUCGCGCCUCGACCGCUUUAAAGGAGAAUUUGUGCCAAAAGGUACGCUGCUAAUCUGUCGGAACUUUGACAGCUGCGGGAAGAUUGGCUUUGUGGGGUCUCUGUUGGGUAAAGCGGGGGUUAAUAUCAAGUUCAUGAACGUGGCGCCACUGCAUGAUGAUGUCGAGGAAGCGGAAGCUACGAACGAGGGUGGAAACAAAGCAGAUGCGGGGAAUGAGGCAUUGAUGAUAUUGGGCGUAGAUCGACCGGUUGGAGAUGACGUUGUCCAAGGGCUGAUUGGACCUGAGGGCGUUGUCGAGGCUAGUGUUGUUACGCUCUGA